GGUGCGAAGAGCAAGAGGAGUUUGGAUCACUCCGCCGGGGCUUUAACGUGAACUAGAGCCGCAGACGGAGUAGCGGGCAGGCUGCUGUUGGUGCCCAGUCCCGGGAAUAACGCUGAUUCCUCCGCAGACCGUGGAGCUCCACAGGUACUCUGAUCUGAGGUUUAGCGGGAUCUGUGUGUCUUGUGUUCGGAGCACGUCGCUGUGUUGGGACACGAUGUCCUGCCCUCACCGCCUCCUGCUGGUUCUGCUAGUUCUGCUGGUUCACGACCCUCCGGCUCAGUCCAGGCCAGCCACAGAGGACACACGCACAGCAGACACUGUGAAAUCCUCCGAAGACGAAGAAGAUGACGAGUCUUCGUCAGAGGAAAACAAGCUGUCCGACGAGCUGUCGACGAGCAGCGAGAAGCUGCAGCAGCCGCUGGAGCCGCAGUGGGUGAUGCCAGACAAGAUGGAGAAGCUGCUUCACGCCGUUCCUGCAAGCACGACGGUGAAGUUUCGAUGCCAAGCAAUGGGAAACCCGCUUCCCUCCCUGCGCUGGUACAAGAACGGGAACGAGCUGAGGAAGGACCAACGAAUCGGAGGCUACAAGAUCAGAGACCACAUGUGGACUCUAAUUAUGGAGUCAGUGGUUCCUUCUGAUAAAGGGAACUACACCUGUGUGGUGGAGAACGAAUAUGGAAGCCUGCGACACACUUACCAGCUGGAUGUAGUCGAGCGCUCUCCUCACAGGCCCAUCCUGCAGGCCGGGCUGCCAGCCAACCAGACGGCAGUGGUUGGCAGCAACGUGGAUUUUGUGUGCCGCGUCUUCAGCGACCCACAGCCUCACAUCCAGUGGCUCAAACACAUCGUCAUCAACGGCAGCAAAGUGGGACCGGACGGACUGCCCUACGCUCGUGUUCUCAAAACUGCCAACGUGAACGCCACAGACAGAGAGAUGGAGGUGCUGAAUCUGAGGAGCGUAACUCUGGAAGACUCUGGAGAGUACACCUGCCUGGCCGCGAACUCCAUUGGGGUGUCUCACCACUCUGCGUGGCUCACUGUGGUCGAUGACCCUCCGCCCUCCCCACUGACCUCGCAGGCGUACCUGGAGAUCUUCAUCUACUGCCUUGGGUUUUUCAUCAUCAUCGUCCUCACCGCCACAGCAGUCAUCUGCAGGCUCUGCUGUGUCCCGAAGAAAAGUGACUUCAGCAACCAGCUGGUCGUGCAGAAAUUAGCCAAGAGCAUGCCUCUGAAGAGACAGGUGAGGAGACAGGUGUCAGUCGAGUCGUCGUCCUCACUGCAAUCGGGGAUGUGUUUGAUGCGUCAGUCUCGUCUCUCCAGCGCGGCCACCACCGUCCUGGUGGGCGCGUCGCAGUACGAACUUCCCUACGACCCUGCGUGGGAGCUGCCUCGUGACCGGCUGACUCUGGGGAAGCCUCUGGGCGAAGGCUGCUUCGGUCAGGUGGUUCUGGCCGAGGCCAUCGGGAUCGACAAAAACAAACCGACACGGGUCACCAAAGUCGCCGUGAAGAUGCUCAAAGCCGAUGCCACGGAGAAGGAUCUGUCUGACCUCAUCUCUGAAAUGGAAAUGAUGAAGAUGAUCGGCAAACACAAGAACAUCAUUAACCUGGUGGGCGCCUGCACGCAGGACGGUCCUCUCUAUGUGGUGGUGGAGUACGCUGCACAGGGUAAUCUGAGGGAGUAUCUGCGAGCUCGCCGGCCGGUCGGGGUGGAAUACUGGAGCGGCUCCAGGCAGGCGUCGCUGGGCAGCCUGGAGGUCAGGGAGCUGGUGUCGGCAGCGUACCAGGUGGCCCGAGGGAUGGCAUACCUCGCAUCAAAGAAGUGCAUUCACAGAGACUUGGCGGCCCGGAACGUUCUAGUCACCGAAGACAGCGUAAUGAAGAUCGCCGACUUCGGUCUGGCUCGAGACAUCCACCACAUCGACUACUACAAGAAGACCACCAAUGGUCGGUUGCCAGUGAAGUGGAUGGCGCCGGAAGCUUUGUUUGACCGAAUCUACACACACCAGAGCGACGUCUGGUCGUUCGGGGUCCUGCUGUGGGAGAUCUUCACCCUCGGGGGGUCUCCGUACCCCGGCGUCCCUGUCGAGGAGCUCUUCAAGCUGCUGAAGGAGGGACACCGCAUGGAGAAGCCAUCGGCGUGCCCUCAGGAGCUGUAUCUGAUGAUGCGGGACUGCUGGCACGCCGUCCCGUCCCGCAGGCCGACCUUCCAGCAGCUGGUCGAGGAUUUGGAUCGAACUGUCUCCAUCAUGGCCAACCAGGAGUACCUGGACCUGGCCGUUCCUCUGAUCCAGUACACUCCGGUCCAGUACUCCCCGGUCAGCGCCUCCUCAGCUUACUCCUCCAUCUCCACAUAAUCCUCCCGGGAGCCAUUCUCCUUCCUGAAUCAUCUUCCUCCCGUUUCCUGCACAGCGGUGGCGGCGGUGGCUCUGGGACGAGCUGCUUGGCUGCGGCCUGAUGUGAAGAACAGCUGGACUGAGCCGAGCUCAGGAAACAGCACGGACUGACGAGACGUCCUCAGUGUGAAUAUUGUACAUAAAGUUUGUCUCAUCUGAGAAACGGGACAUGAAAGGGUCAAGGUGGGAGCGAGAGUCUGUAUAAAUGUAUAAAUGUGUAAAACUCAAAUCUCCCUGAUGCUCCUGAAUGCCUCGUUUAUGGAUUUUCUUUCUUGGAUCUGUAAAAUAACUGAUUAACAUAUUAAAAUA